AUGAUUGACCUAAAUGAGGAACCAAAUGAUAUGGAUAUUGGUGAUCCAGUGAACUCUACACAACAGGCUGCUCAAAAUCCUGAGUUAACCGGUGAUUCUCCUACUCCUCAUAUAGUGCAAAAUGCCACAGCUCUUGUGGCAAAAACUGUGGAGACAGAUGAGCAAGCACCUGCAGCGCAAGAAUCUGAGACUGAUGGCCAUACCCUUGAUGGCACGGAUGCCGCGGGUGAUACAAGUGUGACUGUUGGUAAUGGUUUGACAGGCUUUGGUGCUGAAAAUGAUGAAGAGGCUUGGUCACAACUGAAGGAGCCUCAUGUGGGCAUGAGGUUUGACACUUUGGAAGGCGCAAAAGAGCACUACAAUGCAUAUGCCUUGCAGAUUCGUUUUUCAAUCAAAAUGAAUACUUCAAGGAAGGCUGUGAAAACUGGAGUGUUGAUAAAACAACAGUUUGUUUGCAACAAGUUUCGAAAGCCUGAAGCUGAUGACGGAGGGGCAGAAAAAAUUCUUGUGCUGGAUGAUAUCGUUGAGCAAACAAAAGAUGAUGAUGAAGACGAGGAUAUUGUCUUUCUUGAUGAUGAUAAUAAAACCAAAAAGAGGAGCAAGAAGCGGAAGAGAGAUAAAAUAGUGCAAACUGGUUGCAAAGCUAAGAUGGUUGUCAAACUGAUAGAUGGCAGAUGGGAAGUGAUAUAUUUUGUUGGCGAGCACAACCAUCCACUAGUUGACAAACCAAGUUUGACUAAGUACUUGAGAUCGCACCAAGGUAUCCCACCAGAAGAAAAGGCAUUCCUUACCCACCUACAUAACUGCAACUUGACAACAGUAUUAUUUGCCUGCUCUUGA